AUGUGGCCCCGGCACACAGGUUGCAGGAUGGCAGCCUGCCUGUGCCAGGGCUGGCAGCUCUCACUGCUCCCUACCAUCCUGCUCAGCCUCCGCAGCCCACCGUCAGCCCCUGAGCCAGUGACAUCCCAAGAUGCUGCACUGCUAGCAGGCGUGUCCGAGGACAUCCUCUGUUUCUCCCGCUCCUUCGAGGACCUCACCUGCUUCUGGGACGAAGAGGAGACAACAACUGGGAUGUGCCGCUUCUACUACUGGUACAGCAGGGAUGUGCCCACAGAAUGCGUGGUCUCCACGUGGCACCAUGGGGCUGGCAGGAAGCGACGUGUCUGUGUCUUCCCCAGCCAGGACGUGCGGCUCUUCACCCAGCUCCACCUCCACGUCCUGGAUGCCACCACAAACCACACAAAGUACUGGCGGGAGCUCAGCGUGGAUGCAGUGGGUCUCAUUGCUCCCCCAGUAAACAUCACAGCCCGCUGGGCUGGGGCUGCGGGGCAGCUCUGCGUGUUGUGGCAGCCACCACUCGCCGACUUCCCGAACUUCUUCCUCUACGAGGUGCAGUACUGCCCUGCCAGCUCCCCAGGGAUGCCCGGCAGCACCACAUUGAACCCUGCUGGGCAGCACCCUGGGGACCCCUCCAUUCUGUCAACUGUCAGCACCCACACACCCAGGGCCGGGACAGCCUCCCCGGGACUGGGGCAGAGGCUGAUCCAGGCCAACACUUGGGUGGUGCUCCAGGACCUGCAGCCAGGGGUGAGAUACCACAUCCAGGUGCGCAGCAAGCCCGACGGUACCUCCAUGGACGGCGUCUGGGGGCCCUGGUCACAGGCAGUGGCUGCUGAGACACCCCACUCCUCUGGUGAGCAGCCAUCCCCUCUGCAGCGGUGCUGGCAGGAACAGCAGGGAGCACCCACACCAGGGGCUGCAGGGGGUGGGGGUCCUGUUGUAGGCGAGGUGCAAUGCCCAAGUUUUGGGGGCCCAAGGGGAAGCAGCCCCCUCCCUGCCCUGGCUCUCGCCUCCCCAGGAGACAUCGGGCUGUGCUGCAGUACCCCUGACCUGCGGCACGUGCGCUGCGAGUGGAGCUGGGACCCUGCAGAGCCCCACAGCUCCCACCAGCUCUUCUACCGGCCACCUCCAAGCAGGGCUGGCACAAGGGAAGAUGCAUGGCAAGAGUGCAAGGAGGUGAGCAGGGGGACACAGGGCACUCAUGCUUGCACCUUCCAGCCCAAGGCUGACAGUGCCAUCUCCAUCUUGGUGAAUGUCACCCGGACCCACACGCUGCCUACACUCAGCUACUUCAAGGAGCCCUUUUGGCUGCACCAGGCUGUGCUCACAGAUGCCCCACAGUUUGUGCAGGCAACAGUGCUGCAGGGCCGGCUGAGCCUGCAGUGGCUGCCGCCCCUGGAGCUGCUGGCAGAGCAGCUGGACUACCAGGUCCGCUAUGCCGUGGAGAACAGCCAUGACUGGAAGGUCCUGCAGGUUCCACGAGCAGCUAGGAAAGAAUUCCUUGACCUGCGGCCAGGGACCCGCUACCACGCCCAGGUGCGGGCCCAGCCCAGCGGGCCGCGGUACCAGGGCAGCUGGAGCGCCUGGUCCAAAGCUGUUGUGGUUGAUGCCGUGGCUGAUCCGGGCUGGCUCAUCCCCAGUGUUACCGUGGUGCCGCUGCUCCUCUCAGCAGUGCUCCUGGGGCUGCGGUGCACCUUCCCCUCCCUCUACAGCAACGUGAAACAGAAGCUCUGGCCGCCCGUUCCUGACCUGCACCGUGCUCUGGGCAGCUUCCUCCAGGAAAGCAGCAAGCACGGCCAGGCCAGCGCCUUCGACAAGCAGCCGCCGGAGGAGGCCGUCCUGCCCUGCCUGCUGGAGGUGCUGCCCGACCCGCGGCGCGAGGCGGGCCCGCCACCGGAGCACGCCGGGGGCCGCCUGUCCAGCACCGACAUCGCCAACCAGUCCUACCUGCUGAUGAGCGGCUGGGAGCCGCGGGCAGCCACGGCCGCCCCCAUCCCGCCAUAAAGUCCCGUCCCUCCCAA